UGGAGCCGUUGAGUCAGUCAGCUGAGGGAGGAACUCAACAGAAAGUGAACCAGGAAACCGAGGCAGCUAAACAGAUCCGCCGCCCCGGUGUGACGGCAAAACAGCGGUGUUAACGAUAGGAAUCACACAGUGCAACAGUAUAGGAUUACUAUUUUGAUAUUUAGGUUGAAACAAAGCAGCACCAUGGCUUCCCUUUUCAAGAAGAAGACUGUGGACGAUGUCAUCAAGGAGCAGUCUAAGGAGCUGCGCGGCACCCAGAGACAGAUCACCAGGGACAGAUCAGCGCUGGAGAAACAAGAGAAACAAAUGGAGGCUGAAAUCAAGAAAAUGGCCAAGAGUGGAAACAGGGAGGCGUGUAAGAUUCUGGCCAAGCAGCUGGUGCAGCUAAGGAAGCAGAAGAACCGCACAUACGCCGUCAGCUCCAAGGUCACCUCCAUGUCCACGCAGACGAAGCUCAUGAACUCACAAAUGAAGAUGGCCGGCGCCAUGUCCUCCACAGCCAAGACAAUGCAAGCAGUGAAUAAGAAGAUGGAUCCACAGAAGACCCUGAAGACCAUGCAAGACUUCCAGAAGGAGAACAUGAAGAUGGGCAUGACCGAAGACAUGAUCAACGACACUUUGGACGAGAUCUUUGAUGAUUCUGGGGAUGAAGAGGAAUCUCAGGAUAUUGUCAACCAGGUUCUGGACGAGAUCGGCAUCGAGAUCUCAGGAAAGAUGGUAAGAGCUCCAGCUGCAGGAAAGAGCCUCCCGAGCGCCGCCUCCUCCAAACAGGCCACUAUCUCCGACGACGAGAUCGAGAGACAGCUCCGAGCUCUGGGAGUGGACUAAUCGUUUUCUCUGUCUUAACGUUGGCACUAUAGGCCUGUGCCACAUUAAUACUGAUUGAAACGGAAUCUUUUAGACACAUUGGAUUUGUCAUUGUUGAAAUGCUACAGGUGUAAGAAAGGGUGCUCACCAACACACACAUUAAAGGGACAGUUCUCCUCCAAAAUACUUUUUUAAAAAUCUUACCUGAAGUGCUGUAUCAAUUUAGGUUCUAUUGUUGUAAGUUGCAAUGUGUUUGAGAUAUCAGCCUUAGAGAUGUCUGCCUUCUCUCGAGUAUAACAGAAUUAAAUGAGACUUUAUCCACAGGCCUUGUUGUGAGCAGUUUUAUGUAGGAACUAUUUCCUUUAUACUGUAUCACCUAGCCAAGGGACAUUGCGUUCACCUCGGCUAAUAACAUGAGCUACCUCAGGUAGGCCUAACAGACUAGAUUUGAUAAAUAGCACUAAAGGUAAGAGGAAAAACAUCUAUUUUAAAUGUGGAACUGUCCCUUUAAGACAUUCAAAGACAGACAUGUGUAUUAACCCCACACAUACUCACUCUUUCUACAGCAGGUCGCCUUACUGAACAUUACGGCAGAACAUCUGAUCUAUUUAUGCGAAUAUAAUAUUUAUUAUGACACUCGAAGGUGCACCAAAAAUAGAAGUAUGACUUUAAGAGCUUUCAUGCACCUAUGCUGUUCACCUUCCAUCUCUGUCUUUAUAAGGGCUGCAGUGUCAGUGACCGUGGAACUGGCUUGACCCAUCUGCUGUUCUGGUCUGUCUUUAGUCCUAUUAUCAGCUUUUAUGUGGCUGGAGAUGAAAGCAAGUUUUUAUGAGUAAUACCUGGUAAUUAAAAAAGCGCUUCAGGGUUGUCGGCACCCAGAUGGAAAUUAUAUUGUUCCUCAUUUAAACGAUUCCCUUCCUCCUAGGCAGACUAUCCUCCUCUCCAUGUGCACAUUUUGUCAUUGUUAUGUGGGUGAAAUUUCCUGAGGUAUCAGAAACGGGACACAGUUACUUUACCAUGUAGGAGAAAAAGGCAACAUCAACAACCGAUCACUGUCUUCACAUGAAAUGUAGCAGCUAGCUUAUUAAUAAUCAUGUUUUAAAACCCUUAGGUAUGCUACCGUAGUUACUGGAGAUGAUGUAACUCAGACAAACGUAUGCAUGUGAUACAGUAUGUAUAACAGACUAGGGUAAGGCCUUUAUUUCAACAUAAUGCAUGAGGCGGUGAGACGGGUUAAUCCGAGGGUGAGCUUUUAAUUAGCAUCACUGAAGAAGAAAUGCUGUAGAGAUUGUGUGAGAAAACGUAAUCAUCCACAUUUAGGACUAAUGGGAGACUGGCAUAUUGAGUUUGUUGAUUUUUUGAUGCUUUUGAGUAAUCAUAUUAGGUUUUUUUUGUAAUUCUUGGUUGAUCUGGUUGUGUGUCUUAUAAUGGACAUGGGGAUUAAACUGUGAUUGUAGGAUGCUCCGUUCCGGCAGUCGCUCCUCUCUUUCAGCUGCUGUGCAGCUACUGUCAUAUGUUAUUUCAAGCUGCCUCGCUCACACACACUACAACUAAAGGAUGGAAGUAUUUACUAAAAUGAUACUGUGAUCCAUGUUUUCUCUUCUGGCCCUACUCUAAAUCAAAUAAUGUCCGCCAGCUUCAUGAGUGACAAGGACGUACUGGGUUUUUGUCUUUCUCAUUCUCUGGCCUUUUUCUUCCCCAUUGCCAAAACUAAUUCAACAUUUUUAAUUCCUGCAUGCAUCUGACAUGUACAUAACACAAUUCAUCUUGUAAAUCAUUAUUUUCCCUACCUUUUCAACAGUCCAUUGUGAGUGUGAGCGGAAACAAAGUUGUGACAGAUUUCGACCUUGUUUCAGUGCUGUUCCAUGCUAAGGAAUUGACCACACUUUUUGAGCAAAAGUGUAUGUAUACUCUUCUGAAUUUGUUUUAGUCAUUGUAAACUGACUCUUUAAAGGGUGUAUGGCUUUUAUAAUGAAUAAAGUUUCUUCAGGUACA